GAAAAAAGUUUGCACAGUGGCUGGAAGGGCGAGAGCGGAGCUCGCAGCCCCGCAGUCCGAGAGGAAGAAGAUGAUCGGCCGCAGGUUACAGCCCCAGGCUGAGCGGACCCCGAGCCUCCCCCAGGGCACCAGGAGCGACCGCAGCGGCAGCGGUCAACCCAGGUAGCCGUCAACCCAGGAAGCCGCCAACCCAGGUAGCCGUCCGUGCUGCCCGCAGCUGAAGAGGAGGGCGGCCGGGAGCGGGGACAGAGGCUCGGUGUCACCUGCGCGCGCGGCCCCACACCUGAGCGGACACCUGCGGGCUCCACAAAGCUGGGGCUUAUCUUUGGAGGAAAAUCAAACAAGAAAUCCAAAACCGGCCUUCACUGAGGCAUCCCACUACCCCCCUUGGUUCUCCAAAUUUUUGCAAGCUGGCCAUUCUGAACCCAGUUCCGGAAAAUUAGCAGCCUCUGAGACUUGAUUCUGAGAAGGCAAAGGCUUGGCAAGCUCCGGACUCAGCGGGGAGAGGCUGAGGGGCUGGUUGGAGGCGUGUCCAGGACAUCUGAGGGGUGACCCUGGGGACCCACAGGGCUGCCACCGACACCACAGACCCAGCCUCCCACCGCAGGGCUGCGCACCACCGGCCACCACCAUGUCCACCUCCGUCGCCAAUGCGUCUGCCUCCUUUAUCCCCGACCGUCCGAGCAACCCAGUGACCAUUCCGGCGGUGAUGUUCAUCUUCGGAGUGGUGGGCAACCUGGUAGCCAUCGUGGUGCUGUGCAAGUCGCGCAAGGAGCAAAAGGAAACGACCUUCUACACGCUCGUAUGCGGGCUGGCCGUCACCGACCUGCUGGGCACGUUGCUGGUGAGCCCAGUGACCAUCGCCACAUACAUGAAGGGCCAGUGGCCCGGGGGUGAGGCGCUGUGCGAGUACAGCACCUUCAUCCUGCUCUUCUUCGGCCUGUCGGGCCUCAGCAUCAUCUGCGCCAUGAGCAUCGAGCGCUACCUGGCCAUCAACCACGCCUACUUCUACAGCCACUAUGUGGACAAGCGGCUGGCCGGCCUCACGCUCUUUGCCGUCUAUGUGUCCAACGUGAUCUUCUGCGCGCUGCCCAACAUGGGCCUCGGCAGCUCGCGGCUGCAGUACCCAGACACCUGGUGCUUCAUCGACUGGACCACCAACGUUACGGCGCACGCCGCCUUCUCUUACAUGUACGCGGGCUUCAGCUCCUUCCUCAUCCUGGUCACUGUGCUCUGCAACGUGCUUGUCUGUGGCGCGCUGCUCCGUAUGCACCGCCAGUUCAUGCGCCGCACCUCGCUGGGCACCGAGCAGCACCACGCGACGGCCGGCGCAGCCGUGGAGUCGGCAGCCUGCCGAGGUCACCCGGCCGCCUCCUCCCCAGCCCUGCAGCGCCUGAGCGACUUUCGCCGCCGCCGGAGCUUCCGCCGCAUCGCGGGCGCUGAGAUCCAGAUGGUCAUCUUACUCAUUGCCACCUCCGUGGUCGUGCUCAUCUGCUCCAUCCCGCUCGUGGUACGGGUGUUCGUCAACCAGUUGUAUCAGCCGAAUUUGGAGGAAGAAGUCAGCAAAAACCCAGAUUUGCAGGCCAUCCGAAUUGCUGCGGUGAACCCCAUCCUGGACCCCUGGAUAUACAUCCUCCUGCGGAAGACGGUGCUGAGUAAAGUGGUAGAGAAGAUCAAAUGCCUCUUUUGCCGCAUCGGUGGGGCCCGUAGAGACCGCUCGGGCCAACACUGCUCAGACAGUAGGCGGACAUCAUCUGCCAUGUCCAGCCACUCUCGCUCCUUCCUCUCCCGGGAGCUGAAGGAGAUCAGCAGCACAUCUCAGACCCUCCUUUACCUCUCAGAACUAAGCGAAAAUGGUCUUGGAGGCAGGAAUUUGCUUCCAGGUGUGCCUGGCAUGGGCACGGCCCAAACAGACACCACCUCACUAAGGACUUUGCGAAUAUCAGAGACCUCAGACUCCUCCCAGGGGCAGGACUCAGAGAGUGUCUUACUGGUGGAUGAGGUUGGUGGGAGCAGCAGGGCUGGGUCUGCCCCCAAGGGGAACUCCCUGCAAGUCACAUUUCCCAGUGAAACACUGAGCUUAUCAGAAAAGUGUAUAUAGUAGGUAAGGAAGAAAAUACAGCACUGUUUCUGGAACCAUAUAAAAUCCCGUGCAAUAGACAUGUACAUGAAGUGUAGCAUUUAUCUGUGCUCAAAGGGCUAGUUUCAUCCUACGAGUCAUAUAAGACAACAUCUUGGCUUUUGAGCACUUUUCAGACAAACAAGUUGAUUCCCAUGUGUCCCAAGGACUGAAGCAUAUUGGCUGCCACAUCUCUGUGACACAGGAUCGCUGUCACAAGUCACCAACUGGGAAGAUCUACCCUCAGUUUUUCUACUGGAUAGGAGGAUGGCAGAAAUUUUGCUGUUUUCAUAACAUCAGGAGCUUUAUAUCUGGCACACAACAGCGGGCCAGGUAUUAGAAGGGCUCUAUUCCAAUAAACUAUGAGGACUACCUUAUGGAUGAUUUAAAUAUCACUAAAGCAUGAAAAUGUGAAUUUUUAUUGUUGUAAAUAUGAUUUAAGGUAUUUAAAGUAUUUUCUUCUCUAUGAGAAGGUUUAUUUUUAAUACAAGGUAUAAUAAAAUAUGGUAACCCCUCUCCUCCCAGUAUAACCAGCUCAAGUUGCAGAUGUUAGAUAUUUUUUUUCAUAAGCAAGUUCAGGCCAAGGUGUUGAGAACUCAGUGAGAUUGAUAUCUAUAAAAUAGAUAUGAGUUUUUUAAGAGUUUAGAACUAUCAAAGGAAUAAAGACAAAUAUUAUUUAAGACAUGAAAAAUACAGUCCAAAUUUUUGAAGUUUUUUCCAAGCUAUGUAUUAUACACAUUGAGACAUUUUUAGUGAGGCUACCUUGAUUUACCCAGAAAACUCUGAUUUCGGGCGAACCUAAUAUUCUGGUCAAUCUUUUCUAGCUUUGUCCCACUACCUGGUACUUUUAAAAAUGUAACAUAAAUCAAAAAAGACUUUAAUAAAUAACCCAUAAUUGAAGUGUAUAAUAUAAAAAGUCUAAGCAGCUUGUUUUCCCCCAAAAAGUGUGCAUGGUUUUAUUUUCCUAAGGAAUGACCUAGAAAUAUACUUUAAAAUUUAAGUGCAAGGCAAGCUCUGCCAUUAUGAACUUUAUUUUGAAAUGUGGAAGGACUGGUUAAAGUAGCCUUCCACAUAUGUCAUAAGAGUUCAUCAACACGAAGGGUGCAUUUAACUUGGGCACUUAAAGAGUCACCUUGUAACCGUUUUGUGUGCUACCCCAUCAUGCUGUGCACAUAUUUGAAAGACCUUUGUCAAAAAAUAUUAAGCAUGUUUUGUUGCUUAAAGUGUUUUUGUGAAUUGCUUGGUUGGUUGUAAUUAAAUUCUGAGCCUGAUAUUGACAUGGUUUUAAGCAGCAGUUGUUCCAACUGAAAUUAUUUUGGAGAUUACAAUAAAUAAAUACACUCAAUCCGAGUUCUGUAUCUUCAGUAUUGGAAAACUUGUGCCAUUUUUGUUUCCUUCAGGUCAUCUUCUUUAUCCUUUUAAAUUGGAUUUUUUUUUAACUGUUUUAUUUUAAAAUAAUUUCAAAUUUAAAGAAAAGUUACAAGAAUAGUACAAAGCCCUGGAUUCACUUAGUAGAGAAUGGGUUUAGAAAUCAAGCUUUGUGUGCUAGGGAUGUUCAUUAUUUUUUAACUGUUCACCCAGAUACUGCAGUUGGUACCAUUUUAUCAUUUGUCUUAACAUUUUCUCUUUCUUCUUAGGCACUGGUUAGCAUGGUCAAAUAGAACAUUUUAGAAGUUUGGGCCAGAUGCUCCUUUUCUGCCAUCUCUCCCUCAACUGACAACCACUGUCCCAUUAGGUCUGCAGUCCAUGAUAAUCAAUGCCUACUGGCAUUACAAAGGGAAAGAGACAGACAUUUGUAACUCCUGGUGGAAGUACUCAAGGACACCCAUGACUUACUCUUGCCAAAAAAUUGAAUGAAUUUGAUCAAACUCCUAGAUCAAAGUACCAAUUUACAAGAAAUAUAGGGACAUCAGGGGGAUAUAAUAAGCAAAAUAGAAAAUGUGGAAAGUUCUAAAAGAACAAAUGACCCCAAAACGAAACCCAUUGUCAUUGAGUGGAUUCCAACUCAUAGUAACCCUCUACCACAGAAUAGAACUGCCCAAUAAGGUUUCCAAGACUGUAAUCUUUAUGGAAGCACACUGCCAUAUCUCUCUCCCACAGAGCAGCUAGUAGGUUCAAACCAUCGACCUUCUGGUUAGCAGUCAAGCACUUUCUUAAAAAAAAAAAGAAAAAGGAGAGAGAACCUAUAUAUUUAAAAGACUAAGAAACAUAUCAACAGUUGCAAUAAUUGGACAUGUUUUGGAUUCUGAGUUAACUGUACUAUCAUAAUGUUUUGUGUGAUACCCAAAAUGUGAUAUAAUUGACAUUAUCUACACAUGGGGUCACCAUGAGUUGGGAUAGACUUGAGGGCAGCUAACAACACUCUAGCUAUUUUAAAAAAGGAAUUUGUAAUUAAAAACCAUAUCAAAAGGAAACUCCAGGCCUAGAUGACUUCACUUGUGAAUUCAGAAAGAAAUACCAAACCUACAUAAACGCUCUCAGAAAAUACAGCAGGUGAAUACACUUCCUAACUUUUUCAUGAAGUCUGCAUUACCCUGAUCCCAAAACCAGACAAAGCUAGUACAAGAAAAUUGUAGACCAACAUUCCUCAUGAAUAUAAUCACAAAAAUCCUUAAUAAAAUAUUACCAAAUUGGAUCAAGCAAAACAGAAAAGGGAUAUCACACACACAACUAAGUAGAGCUUAUCCCAGAGAUGCAAAGUUGUUUUAACACUUGAAAAUAAAUAUAAUCCACCAUAUUAACAGAACAAAGGAGAAAAAUCAUAUGAUCAUCUCAUAGAUAUAGAAAAAGCAUUUGAUAAAAUUCAAUACCCAUUCAUGAUAAAAGGCUUUCAGCAUACUAGGAACGAAACUUCCUCAGUUUAACAAAGGAGAUUAGAUAGAUACAGACAUUUUUUUUCUUUUUUAAAAUCUGCAGCUACCAUCAUACUUAACGGUGAAAAACUAAAGGAUUGUAAAAAAAAAAAAAAAAAGCAACAA